AUGUACUAUUCCGAUAAACUUGGGAUUCCUAAAACAGACCCUUCACUAUGGAGACUUCGUACGACCGAACUAGGACGUGAAACAUGGCACUACUUGACCCCGCAAGAAGCAGAGCAUGAGCCUCAGACCUCAUAUGUCAAGUACCUUUUACAGACUAAAGACUUUCAAGCCCCUGCUGAAGAGAAGAUCACGUCUCCCUUCCAUGCCGCAGAGAAAGGCGCGCAAUUCUUAGAAUUACUCCAAGACGAAUCGGGAAUAUUUCCUUGCCAAUACAAGGGACCUAUGUUUAUGACCAUUGGCUACGUAGUUGCAAACUAUUAUAGUGGAAACGAAAUCCCCGAGCCUUAUCGUCAUGAGAUGAUCCGUUACAUCGUGAAUUCUGCCCAUCCUGUUGACGGCGGAUGGGGAUUGCAUUCCAUAGAUAAAUCUACUUGUUUUGGAACUGCCAUUAACUAUAUAGUGUUGCGCCUAUUGGGAUUAGAGGCAGACCACCCGGUUUGCGCUAAAGCACGCAAAACUUUGCACAGUUUAGGUGGAGCAAUCAAGGUGCCUCAUUGGGGAAAAGCCUGGUUGUCUAUUUUAAGUUUGUACGAGUGGGAGGGAGUGAACCCUGCCCCACCAGAACUCUGGGCAUUGCCAUACCUGUUACCCAUCCAUCCAGGUAGAUGGUGGGUCCAUACUCGAGCUAUAUACCUACCCUUAGGAUUCGUUCUGUCCAAUAGGAUCCAUUGUAAAUUGGACCCGUUAUUGGAACAAUUGCGUACUGAAAUCUACUUGCCUCGUCAGUUGCCGUACACUUCUAUUGAUUUCUCCCAACACAGAAACGAUGUCUGUGGAAUCGAUUUGUACUAUCCGCAUACUAAGGUAUUGAACAUGGCCAACUACGUCUUGAGUAAAUACGAAGGUUGGAGGCCUAAGUGGGUAUUGGACUGGAUCAAUAAGAGAGCCUACGACUUGAUUCUCAAAGAGUACCACAACACAGAGUAUUUGUGUAUUGCGCCUGUAAACUUUGCUUUCAACAUGGUAGUAACCCAUUUCUAUGAAGGUCCCAAGUCAGAAAACUUCGCCAAACUACAAGCCAGAAUGAACGAUGUCUUGUUCCACGGCCCUCAGGGUAUGACUGUAAUGGGAACCAAUGGUGUUCAGGUCUGGGAUGCUGCGUUCAUGGUUCAAUAUUUCUUUAUGGCUGGUUUGGCCGACCUUCCACGGUACCACGACAUGAUCCGUAAGAGUUAUAUGUUCUUGGUGAGAUCACAGUUUACAGAAGAUUGCGUUGAUGGCAGUUUUAGAGACAAACGGAAAGGUGCAUGGCCCUUCAGUACCAAAGAACAAGGAUACACUGUUAGUGAUUGUACUGCCGAAGCACUUAAGGCUAUCAUUAUGGUGAGAAACCAUCCAGCUUUCGCUGAUCUUGUGGAUGAGAUCAAAGAAGAGGACCUCUUCAACGCGGUGGAUGUUCUCUUGAAUAUCCAAAACGUUGGAAACUUCGAGUUUGGUUCGUUUUCCGCCUAUGAAAAGAUCAGAUCCACCUUGUUGCUCGAGAAACUCAAUCCUGCUGAAGUAUUCAAUAACAUCAUGGUGGAGUAUCCCUAUGUUGAAUGUACCGAUUCGUCAGUGUUGGGAUUAACAUUCUUCGCCAAAUAUUAUCCUAAUCAUAAACCUGAGGUAAUCAGCACUGCCAUUGAAAGAGCUAUCAAGUACAUCAUCAGUGCACAGGACGAAAUUGACGGAUCAUGGUACGGUGCCUGGGGCAUUUGUUACACUUAUGCUUCGAUGUUUGCUUUAGAAGCUUUAAACACCGUAGGGCUCAACUACGAGAAUUCGGCUACAGUGAAGAGAGGUUGCGACUUCUUGAUCUCAAAACAGCUUCCAGAUGGUGGCUGGUCCGAAUCGAUGAAAGCCUGCGAGACACAUUCGUAUGUCAAUGGUGACAAGUCCUACGUAGUACAAACGGCCUGGGCCGUGAUCGGCUUGAUCUUGGGUGGGUAUCCCGACCAGGAACCAAUCAGAAAAGGUAUCCAGCUUUUGAUGCAAAGACAGUUGCCUACCGGAGAGUGGAAGUUUGAAGAAGUCGAAGGUGUUUUCAACCACAGCUGUGCCAUUGAGUAUCCGUCAUACAAGUUCCUCUUUCCGAUCAAGGCUCUUGGUUUGUACCACCAAAAAUUUGGAAACGAGCCAAUUGUAUAAAAUGUAGUUUUGUGACGCGAGUUGUCAUAUUGUUUCCUAAAUGGUACCAAGCUGGUUGGUGUUAUUGUUGGAUGCGAGCCGCUUGGGUAGCAAGGCAUCUCAUGCAUGUUUCAUCAUGUCAAGAAAACACAAAGACAAAAAAUGGUUACAUUCACACAUUUAAUUUAUUUGCUGCUACUGUUGCUACGUCCGAGUCGGUUCAUUAAAAUAGUAAUUGUAUUAUGAAUAUUAUGAACAUUAACUAAAGAUUAAUCAUGUCGCAAAAAGCAAGCAGUGGUAAAAAAAUGUGAUGAUGAUGAUGAUGAUGAUAAUUAAAAGU